AUGCCUCAAAAGGAAUUCUGCCCCAAAGGCUACCAAGAACAGCCUUCAGGAAAUACCGCCACGGACCCCUCAGUGUAUCUGCGCUCAGGAAACUCGAAAGAUCGUUCCUUUAAUUUCUCAUUCGAACCGAUUCGUCAAAACCUUUUCCGUGUGACAUUUUCCUCGCAAGACCAUCCUCUUCCUCCCUAUCCGAGCAUCUCGAAGCCAAAAACAGACCUCAAUGGCAUUCAUGUAUCUGCCACCGGUGGCGGUUCAUCCAAGACAAUUGAGGUCGGCGACGUGACGGCCACAGUCGACUGGAGCGAGACUCCAGUAGUCUCGUUGUCGUGGACCGGUGAAGAAAAGCCCCUCCACCGGGAUCUGCCAUUGCGCUCGUACGUGACCGACGCAACCGGCAUCGCGCACUAUUCUGAGCACGACCGGAAUGCGCUUCAUGUUGGGCUGGGAGAGAAGAGGGCACCCAUGGAUCUCACCGGGCGUCACUUCCAGCUUUCGGCGACAGACAGUUUCGGAUACGAUGUUUACAACACAGAUCCGUUGUAUAAGCACAUCCCGUUGCUGAUCAAGGUGACUCCCGCUGGUUGCGUGGCCAUAUUCUCAACGACACAUGCCAGAGGGACGUGGUCAGUCGGUUCCGAAAUCGAUGGACUCUGGGGUCACUUCAAGGUGUACCGUCAAGACUAUGGUGGCCUCGAGCAGUAUCUGAUCGUAGGGAAGACACUCAAAGAUACCGUGAGGUCAUAUGCAGAGCUCCUUGGCUUCCCGCUCCUUGUACCUCGCUGGGCUUAUGGCUACAUCUCUGGAGGCUACAAGUACACCAUGGUUGAUGACCCACCUGCGCACCAAGGACUCAUGGAGUUCGCGGACAAGCUCAAGGAGCACGGCAUUCCAUGCUCUGCCCACCAGAUGAGCUCGGGCUACUCAAUUGCAGAGACUGAACCCAAGGUCCGCAAUGUCUUCACCUGGAACAAGUAUCGGUUCCCCAACCCCGAAGAGUGGAUUAAGAAGUACCACGCUCGAGGAAUCAGACUCCUUACCAACAUCAAGCCUUUUGUGCUUGCGUCACAUCCAGAUUACCAGAAGCUUGUCAGUGCAGGGGCACUGUUCAAGAAGCCCGAUACUCAGGAACCGGGCACAAUGAGACUAUGGAGCGCAGGAGGUGCGACCGGUGGUGAUGGAUGCCACAUCGAUUUUACCUCCUCCUUCGCUUUCCGAUGGUGGUAUGAAGGUGUCCAGAGCCUGAAGCGAGCCGGAAUCGAUGGUAUGUGGAACGACAACAACGAAUAUACGCUUCCCGAUGAUGAAUGGCAACUGGCUCUGGAUGGAUCAGUAGUCGCUGAGAAGGCAAAGAAACAGAGCGACAAAUCCGUCGGGCUCUGGGGCCGCGCAAUGCAUACUGAACUCAUGGGCAAGGCAUCUCAUGACGCCUUAGUCGACAUGGAGCCCAAAUACAGACCAUUUGUUCUCACAAGAAGUGCCACUGCUGGCACUCUUCGGUAUGCAGCCAGCUCAUGGAGUGGAGACAAUGUGACUAGUUGGGAGAGCAUGAAAGGCGCAAACGCCUUGUCUUUGAGCGCCGGUAUUUCACUGUUGCAGUGCUGCGGCCAUGAUAUUGGUGGUUUCGAAGGACCACAACCCUCUCCCGAACUCCUCCUCCGAUGGGUCCAACUAGGUAUCCAUUCGCCCCGGUUCGCCAUCAACUGCUUCAAAACGUCGCCCGGAAACACCUCUGUGGGAGAUGUCAUUGAGCCCUGGAUGUACCCCGAGAUCACUCCGCUGGUCCGCGACACCAUCAAGCGCCGUUAUGAGAUCCUCCCCUACAUAUACUCCCUUGGUCUGGAGAGCCACCUGACCGCUUCUCCACCUCAGCGCUGGAUUGGAUGGGGUUACGAGUCCGAUCCAGAAGUCUGGACCAAGGCUCUCAAGUCCGGAGAAGAACAGUUCUGGUUCGGUGACACUAUCCUUGUUGGAGGCGUGUACGAGCCCGGUGUAACCGUCGCGAAGAUGUACCUUCCCCGUAAGGCGAAUGAUGAGUUCGACUUUGGGUAUGUCAACAUGAACGCGCCCUACACCUAUUACGCCUCCGGCCAGUGGGUCGAGAUUCCUUCUCAAUGGAGAGAAAGCAUCCCGCUUGUUGCGCGUAUCGGUGGUGCCAUUCCUGUUGGAAAGCCCGUUCAAACCAGAGUGCCUGGGGAUGAGACUGAGGCUUCAUUGGCUGUAGAGGAACUUGACGACUACAGAGGCGUUGAGAUAUUCCCUCCCAAGGUCAGCUCUCAUGGUCGUGUCUUCACCUCUAGCUGGUUUGAGGAUGACGGAAUUUCCCUGCAGCCUACGAUGUCAACGUACAUCAUCAGCUACAGCUCGACGGAGGAGAAGGUAACUGUUGGAUUCAAACGCGACGAAGAGAGCGGCUUUGUUCCCGCUUGGAAGGAUCUGGAUAUCAUCUUGCACAACGGUGACGAGAGACGCGUUGUGUCUGAUGAUGGCAGGCCUGUGGAAUACAAGGGGAGAGACUCUCGAGGCCGCGUUGUUUUUACUUUGAAGAAUUAG